AUGGGUAUGAUCCUCUCCUCCCUUACACUGUCUAUGACUUUGGCGCUGUCACCUGUGUGUAAGCUGAGCCUGAAACCCUCAUUUGAUGAUUAUAAGUAUUAUAAACAUGGAGACAUUAUUAUCGGAGGGAUUUUUACAGUAAAUGUUAACAUGGAUGAAUUUCAGACAGAGACACAUGAGAAAAUAAUGUUUUGUGCUCGACAUUUUACAUUCAAUUAUAAAUACUUUUUGAACUUCCUAUUUGCUAUUGAAGAAGUCAAUAAAAAUCCAAAUAUUUUACCCAAUGUGACUUUGGGAUUUCACAUAUAUGAUUCUUGUUCCAAUGCUAAUAAAGCUGUAAAAAGUACAAUAAAAAUAUUAUCAGGACCUGGAGCUACUGUACCCAACUACUACUGUACAGGAGAAGAGGACAUUGCGGGUUUUAUUGGAGAUCUGGUAUCUGUAACAACUGUUCCCAUAGCCCAAAUACUGAAUGUAUACCGGUAUACACAGAUCAGUUAUGGAGCAACAGAUCCAAUGUUCAAUGACAGAGUUGUGUAUCCAUACCUCUUCCGUACAGCACGUAGUGACCAUGUCUAUGUUUCUGCAUUGUUAGCAGUACUGAAGCAUUUCUCAUGGAACUGGGUUGGGAUUAUCGCUACUGCUGAUGACAGUGGAGAAAAAGAGAGCAAAAGUGUCUCCUCAAUUCUUAAUAGUCAAGGUAUCUGCAUAGAGUUUACUGUGAAAGCCUUCCUUGUUACAGUGGCAAAUGCUGAAGACACAAAAAUGAUAACCAUGAAUAAAAAAAGCCGGGACAUUAUUUCACGCUCAUCCGCUAAAAUCAUUAUUAUUUGUGGAACUUAUUCUCUCUCUAUACUGGAUAUUUUUGUCUUGCCUGAUAAUGUUCUGAAUACAAAAACUUUUCUUCUGCCACCUAACUGGUUUGCGAAUGGUGAAAUACUUCACCAUUCUUAUAAAGCUGUUAACUGUUCCUUGGGCUUUGAGGUCCUUAUGAAUGAUGAUCUAGAGCAGAACAGUAGUCAAGAACUUUUGAGAGAUCCUUACAAUACAAACAAUAUGAAAGAAUUUCUUUGUAACAUCCAUCCUUCAAAUUAUCCGGAUGAUAAAUGGCUUGAAGAUAUUUGGAUUUUUGGUUUUAGGUGCUUGUCACCAAAUCAUGAUAAAAACAAAGCCUUUCAGGCUAUAUUUUGUAUGAAAUUGCACAAGUGUUCAGGAAAAGAGAAUAUCACAGUAUUACCUCUCAUUCUAAACAAUGAUGGAGCUACUGUUGCAUACAAUGCAUUAAUAUCCAUGGCUUAUGCACUUAAUGCUUUACAUAAGUCUCUUGGAAGAAAAGUUUCUGCCAAGUAUAUGACAAAAUUUUCAUAUAGACAUAAGCUGAACAAAUAUUUAAAAGGAUUUGAAUACAUGGAUAAGUCAGGAAAGAGAAAAUAUUAUGAUGAAGGAGGAGAAUUAAAUUCUAUAUUUCAUAUUUAUAACUGGAUAUCGGUAAAAAAUAAAUAUUCCAUAUACAAACUUGUGGGCUCCUUUACACCCUGGGCUCCAGCAAAUGAGCAGCUUACCAUCAAUGCAUCUAAAAUAAUCUGGAAGAAUAGGAAGCAGAUGGGACCACCCCAGUAUGAAGCGCUCUCAGCGGACUUCAUGGAAAGGGAUCAGAUCCCAAGUUCUCAGUGUUCAGAAAAUUGUCCACCUGGUAGCAGAAAGGUGAAGAAUGACGUGAAGCCGAUCUGCUGUUAUGACUGUGUUAUCUGUCCAGAAGGAGAAAUAUCAAACACAACCGAUAGUGAAAAUUGCCUGAAGUGUUUGGAUACUGAAUUUUCAAACAGUAAAAGAGAUCAAUGUUUUCCCAAACUUGAAGACUUCCUUUCCUUUUCUGAUGGACUCUCCAUAGCUUUAUCAUCUAUUGCUCUUCUCUUUUGGACAAUAUCUGUUCUGAUAUUAGGAAUAUUUGUCUCACAUAAAAAUUCACCAAUUGUGAAGGCAAAUAACAAGGACCUGAGCUUCAUCCUUCUCAUCUCGCUGUCAUUGUGCUUUCUCUGUGUGUUUUUAUUUAUUGGUCGUCCUGUUGAUAGAACCUGCAAAUUACGACAAAUAGUUUUUGGCAUCAUCUUCUCCAUCUCCGUGUCUUCUAUUUUGGCCAAAACCAUCACUGUCUAUACAGCUUUUAAAAUAUCCAGACCUGGAAAUCGAUGGAGAAAACUGAUUGGAAUUAAGAUGUCCAACUCUAUAGUUGUAUUGGCCUCAGCCAUUGAGGUUAUUAUCAGCAUUAUUUGGCUAUACUUCUCUCCCCCAUAUCUGGAGCAUGACACACAUUCCUAUCAGAGAAGGAUCAUCAUUCAGUGCAAUGAGGGAUCCCAAGUAGCCUUUUUUGCUAUUCUAGGUUAUUUAUUUUUCCUGACAGCAAUUAGCUUUACUUUAGCUUAUUUGGCAAGAACAUUACCAGAUCGAUUUAAUGAAGCCAAGUACAUCACAUUCAGUAUGCUGGUGUUCUGUAGUGUCUGGAUUACUAUGGUACCUUCCUAUCUGAGCACCAAAGGGAAAAACAUGGUGGCUGUAGAAAUUUUCUCCAUCUUGGCUUCGAGUGCUGGACUUUUAAGCUUUAUAUUUUUCCCAAAAUGUUAUAUAAUUUUGGUCAGGCCUCAAUUGAAUACAAAAUCCCGUGUACAUAUAGGACAAUAA